AUGGCGGGAGGGCUCCGGGGAGGCUGGCUCCUCUUCCUCCUGGCAGCGCCGAUGCUCACGGCCCAGGAGGAUGGAAAGGCGGCCACUCUCUACUGCAAAUGCACAUGGAUGGACAACUGGUGGUUCCACCUGGUGGAGGACUUACCGCGAAUUCUGGGCUCUGCAGAAGAUGGAAAGUCCAUGCUCGCCCGCGAUGAGACCAGCAACGCCAGCCGAGCAAGCUCCCCGUCCUGGAAGCUGCUGGAGAAGCUUGUGCAGAAAGAGAGGCUCUGCCGGCGUGAGCCCUCUUUGCUUGAGCUGCUGACAGUCGAAACGCUCUGUGUGCCUGGGACGCUGGCCACAGACUUGCUGUGCUCGUUGUACUACAGCUUCGCAUUCCCAACCUCAGAGCAGCUCCUGCGGCAAUCCGCGCGGCGAGCGCGGCGCAUGCGGCUGCUUCUUUACAAGGCCAAGGAUUGCUUGGAUGCCACGCCCUGGCCCUUUGACGUGGAGGAUCUGGAGGAGUAUGCGAGAAGCUGGCUGGAGUUCGAGGCGGAGGUCUGGCCACCUUUGCGACCUCCCCGCACAGCUGGGGCUCCACCACCCCCCCGCUGGGCCGGCCGGAGCCGGCCUAAGCCGCGCAGCUUGCUGCCUGCCGACCUGCGUCGCUGCAUACCUCUGCAGCGAGGCUUCGCGGCCAGUCAUAGCUCGGUGGUGGCACACUGUUGGGACCGGCGUGCUCGGUCCACAGAGACCAGUUGCAAGGCUUGCUGCGAUCCCCGCUUCCCGCGUGGACGGAGAGAAUGCUUCGGCGGAGUAUGGACGUUUGAGACCUGCUGCGCGCCGGACGACUUGACAAAGGGCUGGGGGCCGCCCCCACAGGCGGUGGAGACUUUAGCAAGCCCCAGGACCCAUCCCGGCAUCUGGAGGCAGCUCCAGGAGCUGCGGGAGGAGCUCCGCGCCGUCCGCGCCGCCAACGCCCGUGCCUUUGAGAGCCCCAGAGACUCCAUGCCAGACACACAGAGCAAAGCAACCUGGGAUGAGGUCCGACAAUGGGUCGAGGAGCAGCUGGCCUUACCAGAGAGUGCCGGAGGUCGUCAGAAGAUUUUCCCCGGGCUGGACCUUCUAUUGUCGACGCGCGCCUGCGUGGGCAAGCAAAUCGAGCUACCUUGGUUCCUGCUCGGCGGACGUCCAGAAGAUGCGGGUGUGGAGCUUGCAUCGCGGAGUGGCGCUUUGUGCAGUUCUGGCUUGUUAGUGGCCGGGGAGCUGGUCUCCCGCCCAGGCCGCCGCGCCACGGUGCCCACAAUGCCCGGCACCGAUGGGAGUCGCAGCAGCUCGAACUCCCACAGAGUCAGCGGCCUCCACAAGUUGGAGUCCUACGGCCUCGAGCUCAUGGCUCCUUGCCGCGUGAGGAACUUAUCCUUGGAUGGCAGCUGCUUCUGUGGCAACGAUCCCUGCACUCCCUGGACACAGUUUGGGCGGGAGUGCUGCCGUGAGGAUGACGGCCUGCAGUGGCACGGGGUUGGCCUCCUGACAGGGGAGCUGCGCACGAACAUCGCGCACUUCGCCCGGGACGCCCUGUGGCUCCAUCGGCUUUUCCAAGGGCCGGAGUCAUUGGAAGCACUGGGUAGCGGUCAGAGGACCGUGGAGCGUGUGCUAACAAAGCAUGCAGCCACGGAGUGCAUGGAGAAUGACCGCUGUGUCAAAACAGGCCGGCAGGUCAUCUUCCCCAUGGAGGAGUUCAUGGAAGAGGCCUGA